AUGAAAGGACUUUACAAAGAUGUAAAGGCGGAAAUUUCAUUUGACAAAUUGUCACUUGAUUUAGUUUCGAAUAACAAACGAAUUUUGCAUAAUUUGAAUGGAAAGUUUCGACCUGGAAAGUUAACUUGUAUUAUGGGACCAAGUGGAAGUGGAAAAACAACUCUUUUAUCAGCAAUUUUAGGAAAUGCCAGUUAUGCAAAUGUGAGUGGUGACAUUUUUGUGAAUGGCGUCAAGUCAUCAAUUAAGGAAUUUAAAAAUAUUACAGCAUUUGUCACACAGGAAGAUUGUAUGUAUAGAGAAUUGACUGUGGAGGAGUGUAUUUAUUUUUCCGCUCGUACUAGAUUGAAUUUUCCAAGUAAGGUAAUAGAUCAGAUAGUAAACGGAGUAAUUCAAAAUCUGGAUUUGGAUCAUAUAAGACAUUCUCUUAUUGGUGAUGAAUCAAAGAGAGGUAUAUCAGGUGGACAACGUAAGAGAGUUAGCAUUGCAAUGGAAUUGGUUACUUGUCCUUACAUUUUAUUCUUGGACGAACCUACUAGCUCACUAGAUGCAUACAGUAGUUUUGAAGUUGCCAAAUCCAUGAAAGACAUUGCAGAGAGUGGAAUUACAGUAGUAGCUGUGUUGCAUCAACCCAGAUUCGAAAUCUUUCAAAUGUUUGACGAUGUUGUUCUUUUGGGAAAUGGUGGACGAAUCGUUUACAUGGGCGAAUCCAAUCAAGUAUUGAACUAUUUCGAGAAACAACUUUCUCUGAUUCCUCCUCCAUAUGUUAAUCCAAGUGAUUUCCUAUUAGAUGCAAUU